CCGUAGUCUUGUGGGACCUGUUACAUGUCCGCAGUCUCUGGUCAUCUCCUUCACUAUGUCCGCAGUCUCUUGUCAUCUCUUGUACUAUGUUCACAGUCUCUGGUCAUCUCCUGUAGUAUGUCCGCAGUCUCUGGUCAUCUCCUGUACUAUGUCCGCAGUCUCUUGUCAUCUCCUGUACUAUGUUCACAGUGUCUGGUCAUCUCCUGUACUAUGUCCGCAGUCUCUGGUCAUCUCCUGUAGUAUGUUCACAGUCUCUUGUCAUCUCCUGUACUAUGUUCACAGUUUCUGUUUAUCUCCUGUAGUAUGUUCGCAGUCUCUGGUCUUCUCCUGUACAAUGUCCGCAGUCUAUGGUCAUCCCCUGUAGUAUGUCCGCAGUCUCUGGUCAUCUUCUGUACUAUGUCCGCCGUCUCUGGCCAUCUCCU